UGAGAGCUUUCUGACUGAAUGACAGAAUUUUCAUUUUUGGGUGAACUAUUCUUUUAACAAGCAUGUCUUGCUGAUCAAGCAGUCUAUAAUGGAUCUACUGACCAACUGUCAAGACCUCAUCACCACUGAGCAUUAGCAGACAGGAUGGCUAUUUUGCUGAUUAGACCUAUUUAAACAACCUAGAAAGGCUUGGGGAGACAGAAGAUGGCUAUAAAUAAUUUAAGACAGGUUAAAAACAGAGGCCUAGAAACAGGCAGACCAUUGAGGAGCUAGGUCUUUGUAUUUUAUGCAGAUGUUCAGCAGAAUCAGCAGUCUGUAGUCUUUACAGGUGUUUAUCGAUAUUUCAGAUAUCGGCAGGAAAACAGUGCAAGAGCAGGUGUCAUUAUUCACGCUGAUCGCACUGCAAUGUGUUUCUGAAACCCGUCAAUUUUUACAAAGCUCAUUGCUCUGAAAAGCAAAGUGGGCUCUGAUUGGCCAGAUUUCCACUGUGUUGUGAUUGGCCGAAUGCCUCAUGUGUGUUAUGCCCCUUAACACUGUCAUGCCGUUGAGACAAAACCCAUCUCAAAAAGUGACUAAAGCAUUUUGAUAAGUUGCUGUUUAUUUAGUUUAAAAUAAUUCAAGUACUCAUUUAUGAGCUGGCAAGCUCACAUGAUGCAAUUGGAGAUCAUUGGAAAUGUUAGUUUAGGAUUUUACAAACAAUGUUUAAACGGGAAAUUAUUUGGGAUAGCAACUGAUAGUUUAAUGAACUUAAAAUAAUAAAAAGCACUAUUGUGAGCACCAUUUAAAAAACAAAACACCAAUAUUAUAGGAGUACCUGCUCAAGUUUACUUUUUGAAAUUUGAUAUGUUGCUGAUUAAAUUUAAAAAGUCUUCCACAGUACAAGUAUUUUUAAUGGUGCAUUGCACAUUGUUAAAUUAAUUGAUAUCAUAGUAUAAUAUUUUUGUCUGAACCUGUUUAAGGCAAACAAAAACCAUUGAAUGCAUUUCUAAGAAUGUUUAUAUGAGGUAAAAAUAAACCAUGUUCAGUUUUUAUAUAUUGUGAUGGACUUAUCUUUUUUGCUAUUAAGGUUAUGCUAUAAUUUUAGUAAUAAAUUAGUCAUUUCUGCAUAACAGAUUGUCUGUUAAUGGUACAGAAGUUGAUGUAAACCUUCAGUAAAUUUUCACUUUUAGAGUUGAAGGAAAUGUCAGAAAAACGUACAGGUAAUUGUCCUGGUAACAUUCAUACUUUUAUUUAUUUUUUACAGUGUAGCACUGUCAUGGUCCUUCUGAAGGCCGUGACGCAGGUUUUGUGCAUGCACGGGUCUGGCACUGUGGAUAACUGACGUGUGUGUGAGAAAAGGUGUGUCUGAAUGUGUGUGUGUGUGUGCGCGUGUCAGAAAGAGGAUGAGACGGUGGGGGAGGGUGAAGAGAAUGUGAAUUGCUAAAUCCGGGCAAGGGCACACAAGGACAUAAUGUAUGAAUGAUGUCUCUCACUGGUUUAAUAUUUAAAGCUCAAAUCAGUUACAUUGAGAAGAUGAGGAAAUGACAAUUGCAUGAGCAAAAGAGAAACUGCAGCGCAGUCCACAUGUCAUCCCAGUUUUUAGAAUGGAUGUGGAGAAAAUUCUUAUUGCAAAAAAAAAAAACUGGCUUUGUCAUUAGAUCCUAGUCGCCUGGGGAAAUAUCACUGCUGUUUGCCAUUUAUCUUUGACCAUUGUGUUAUCAAUUGAAUCGCUCAUUGUGGAUUCAUUUUAGAGAUUAGAUAACGUGUGAGAACAACAGGACAAUUGUUAGACCACAGUGACUAAAAUGAUAUCACAUAUUGGGCGAUGUAUCAAAGAGCCCUUGUUUCUAUGGAAAGUCUCUACCCUGGAGCUCAGUGUUUUUCACAGAUCUUUGCCAUUUCCCAAGAGGCCAGAUUGUAUAUGUCAGCGCUAUACAGUUUAAGACUGCUGGCUGGCAUGGAAACGUUGUCCCCAGCUGCUUGUUUUCAUGUAGAAAGCCUGAAACAGCUCUCAAAAGGCUUUUUCUUCUUUAUGUUUGUGCGUCUCAUUGCACCACAGCGGAGCAAACAACACCAAGGUCACGGGUUCAAUUCCCAGGAAAUCAUGAACUGAUCAAAUGUUUCCUUGAAUGCAAAAUUGCUAUGGGUAAAAGUAUUUGCAAAAGUGUAGGUCUCUCACAUUUCCGUCCAAAAUAUAUCAUGAAGGAGUUGUUAAAUGCGCUUAAGUCAACUCUUUAAUGCAUUAAUUUAGUCUCAGGAUAAAGCGGCCAUUGUGCAGUCUAAUCUGGAAUAAAUUGCAUAAUGUAAUCUCUGUAAAAAGGGGUUAUAUAAUAACUCCCUUCUGCUGCAGGGACACUGACAGAAGUGUAGAGGGGAAUUUUUGACAGGUCUGAGGUCAGCUUAUUGUGCAUAUACUGUCCCUCCUGUGCUUUUAAAGGGCAAUGUCUCCUUCCAUCCCACACCUUAUAGUUUUCUUUGAUGCAUUUGCCUAUUUCGAUUCCUAAGAAUCCCCAGAUCUUUUUUGCUGUCAUCUAAAGCCAGCAUGAAAUCAAAAAUUCACCUUUCAUCUGUUUGUAAAUGCAUGUCAUACUUAAACCUCUACCUUUUUUUUUGCAAUCGACUGCAAGCACACAUUCACUAUUGAGUGUAAUGCUCAAACCUCAAAAUCUAAUCAUCAACCAAUGCAAAGUCCUCAUUCUACAUUUUUCUUUUCCUAUAAGCGCUACACUUGUAUGCACGUCAAAAGAAAGAAAACAUUCUAUUGCGCAGUUAAUCAGAAAAAACAAUAAUAGGUUAAAAACUCUUAUAAAUGGCCAAGUAACAGGGAAUGUUCUAAUGUUUUUUCUGAAACAUUUUAAUUGGAUUCUUUAACUAUUUUUAAAUGUUACUACUUUCAGAAUGCCCAGAAAACAUUCAAAACUAACUUUUUCAUAAUGCCAAAUUCAAAUUGGCUUUGCUUGUUGUGAAGAGUGUGUCAAUAUGUGUUUAUACCUUCCUCCCCUUUCCUCUGAAUCUGUAGGAUAUCUAUGAUAAUUGUCUUUCCUCCCCAAUCUAUCCUUUUCUUCCUCUCCGCAGCCAAUCAGAAGCCAAUAAAUCAAUAAUCUGUCAAUGAUGAUCAGUGAUGUGAUGGAUGUAACACUGAAAACGUUUAACUCUGUCUCCCUCUUUCUCUCUCUUUUUUUUCUUCCUCUCUUGUAUUCCAGUUUAUGUGGCUAAAAUUUUUUACUCUUUUUCUCCUCCCUCCUUUCCUCUCAGCCAUCAUAAGCAAAUUGUAAAUGUUGUUUUCCUGAAUAUAACAGUGUGAAGAGAUGCCCAUUAAAAAAAUUUUAAUCGCAGAAAGUCUGGCAGGACGACUAGUUAAUAUUGUAAAUCUGUAGCUGUGAUUGAUGUGUGUGCAAUGUUUCCUGUCCCUCAUCUCAUUGCACAUAUAUAAAUACUUCUCCAGAGGUCAGAAUUACAAAAAGAGCAUUGGUUGAGAGCGAUGCAGAUGUCUCUGUGGAAACUGCAGGGUGAAGUGUGAGAGAGAGAUACUUGGAAUAUCAGCUUGGUUCUGCAAUGGGGCAUGUGUGGAGGUGGACUCCGACACAGAGGCAGUGUUGGGUCAAGGCUUCAAAUUAGGCUGCAUCUCCUGCAAGAUGAGAGGAGAAGUACCGGCCUCUGCUACAGUGGACUGGUGGUUCAUGGCCAAAGGCGAGAGUGAAUUUACACACAUUUACAGUUAUGCAGACUUGACAGGCUACAUAAUGGACGACCGCUUCGAUGAACGCCUAGCCUGGAACGGCAGUAAAAAAACUGAAGAUGUGCAGGACGGCUCAAUUUACAUCCUUAACGUCACCUUCAACGACACCGGCACCUAUCGAUGUUUCUUCGACCGCACCCUUGUAUUCCCCAAUUACGAGUACCGCACCAAUGCCACCAAGUUUAUCUCCAUCAACGUAGUAGGCAAAGCUACACGAGGCAUGGCGUCCAUCUUAUCCGAGAUCAUGAUGUACGUGUCCAUUAUUGGUCUGCAGUUGUGGCUGUUGGUGGAGAUGGUCUACUGUUACAGGAAGAUUGCAGCAGCUGGAGAGGAAGCUCUGAGAGAGAGCGAGGCGGAAUAUUUAGCUAUAACCUCGGAGAGCAAAGAUAAUUGUGCAGGUGUAACGGUGGCAGAAUAACGCAGGUCCAAAAAAAGUCUCAAGCCAAAAGCUUGAUGCUCGGUCCAUCACAGCAUCACCAAUGGCCUCCUCCGUCACCCUCACCGGCUCUCUGUGAACGCACAGGGCUGCUGUUUUGACCUCUGUGUACGACUGUGACAGACCCACCGUUCUAAACCAUCGGGGAAACACACAGUCACACAUUACAUAAAGGGAAAUGUUUUGUUUUAAGGCUCUAGAUGACAACUUUGAGGUUAACGAAUUAUUGAUGCAUUCAUUGGUUCAAGCAUGAAGCUGUAACACUGAACAGAACAUCACUUGUACAUACGUGUUUGAUCUUUUAACAUCUCUUUGCUGUUUCCACAUCAUGAAAACUCCGCUGUGCAUGCGAUAAAACUGUCACAACAGUAUAUCUACUGAGCUAGAGGUCAUCACAACAUAUUGAAAUGUGUAUAAUAAUCACUAGCAUAUUUACUGAGCCAGACACACACACACAAACACACACAAAAAAAAUACCUUAAGAACUGUCAAAUAGAUUGUGAAAACGUAUCUAUUUAUCUUAUUAUUUAAAGAUCAAACUACAUAUUAAGAAAUAGAAUAUAUAAAAUAUAAAAUUAGUUAUAGCUUAUAUAUUAGGAGUGUAACGGCACACAUAUUUGUAACGAAAAUUCUUAAAAAUAAGAGUUUCAAAGGAGCUAUACUGUCAGGUGUGUUGUUCAUUAAAGCACUG